UACAAGACUUAAAAUUUCAUCGGUGAUUUAAUUAUAUAUACAACAUUGUUGGUAAUUAUUACAUACAUGGAGAAUAAUCACUACUUCAGUUCGGUUCUACUUACGUUGUUGCUCACGCUAGCUAGUUUCUUUGCGCUGUCGGUAGGGCAGGGCACGAGGGUGGGGUUCUACUCGAGGUCGUGCCCUCGUGUCGAGUCCAUAGUUCAAUCCACCGUUAGGUCGCAUUUUAGCUCCAACCGGGCGGUUGCGCCAGGGUUGCUUAGAAUGCACUUCCACGAUUGCUUCGUUCAGGGUUGUGAUGGCUCCAUCCUCAUCGACGGUCCCAACACUGAGAAAACAGCCGGUCCCAACCUUUUGCUCAGAGGAUAUGAAGUUAUAGACGACGCCAAGCAGCAGCUGGAGACGGCGUGCCCUGGCGUUGUCUCCUGCGCGGACAUUCUCGCUCUCGCUGCCCGCGAUGCUGUCAUAUUGGCUGGUGGACCGGGGUGGGCGGUGCCAACGGGGCGGAGAGACGGGCGGGUUUCAUUGGCGAGUGAGACUUCCAAUUUGCCAGGUUUUACUGACUCCAUCGACGUGCAAAAGCAGAAGUUUCAAGAUAAAGGCCUCAACACUCAGGAUCUUGUCACCCUUGUUGGUGGACAUACCAUCGGAACCACCGCUUGCCAGUUCUUCCGGUACAGGUUGUACAACUUCACUUCAACCGGCGACGCGGACCCUUCCAUAAACGCAGCCUUCCUUGCCACACUUCAGUCGCUCUGUCCGGCGGACGGCGACGGUUCCCGGCGAGUGGGGCUGGACAACGGAAGCGAGAACCGGUUCGACAGCUCGUUCUUUUCCAAUCUGAGGAACGGGCGGGGGAUCCUGGAAUCUGAUCAGAAACUGUGGACGGAUGAUUCAACGAAGAGCUUCCUGAGGAACGGGCGGGGGAUCCUGGAAUCUGAUCAGAAACUGUGGACGGAUGAUUCAACGACGAAGAGCUUCGUGCAGCGGUAUUUGGGAGUAAGCGGAUUGCUGGGGCUGAGGUUCAACGUGGAGUUCGGGAAGUCGAUGGUGAAGAUGAGCAAUGUGGAAGUUAAGACGGGAAGUGAUGGUGAAAUCCGUAGGGUUUGCUCUGCUGUUAAUUGAGUAGAGAUGAUGUUUUGUUGUAGUCUCGUAGAUGGAUCCUAAUGUUUUAACAUGUCUUAUUCUUGAAAUAAUAAUGUUUAAAAAAUUAAAAGCUUCAAAUUUGUCUGUUUUUUGUGUGGAUGUA